AUGGUUCUUAAGUCUACAUCUGCUGGAAACGUUUCCAUAUAUCAAGUAUCUGGAUCCAAUGUAUCGAGGUCAUUACCUGACUGGAUAGCUAAGAAGCGGAAGAAAGCCUUGAAACAGGAUUUGGACUAUUCAAACCGUAUUGAGUUAAUUCAAGAUUUCGAGUUUAGUGAGGCGUCAAACAAGAUAAAAGUAUCGCCUGACGGGCAGUACUGUAUGGCAACUGGCACAUAUAAACCCCAGAUCCAUGUGUACGAUUUUGCCAACUUGUCACUCAAAUUUGAACGUCAUACAGAUUGUGAAAAUGUCGACUUUGUUAUAUUGAGUCAAGAUUGGACCAAGUCAGUGCAUUUGCAAGUCGACAGAAGUAUAGAGUUUCAGACUAAAGGAGGGAUAUAUUACAAAACAAGGAUACCGAAAUUCGGCAGAAGUUUGUGCUACAACGAAGUAAACUGUGAUUUGCUAGUAGGGGCACUGGGGAAUGAAUUGUACAGACUAAAUUUGGAACAGGGGAGAUUCUUGAACCCCUUGCAACUAGAAUCCGAAUCAGGUGUCAACAUGGUUACUAUCAAUAAAGUUCACGGUCUAAUAUCCGCUGGACUUGAAGAUGGCACGGUUGAAUUUUGGGAUCCUAGAUCAAAGUCGCGAGCAGGCAAGUUGUGGAUCGAUGAGCAAUUAAAUGAAUCGGGUAUACAAGUGUCGGCAGUCAGUUUUCGCCGAGACGGAUUGAACUUUGCUUGUGGGACCUCUAGUGGGAAAACUUUACUUUACGAUCUACGUACGAAUCAGCCAUCGGUGGUCAAAGAUCAGGGCUAUGGAUUUGAAAUCAAAAAUAUUGAAUGGUUGGAGAAUACUUUGAAGCCAGAUGCGGUCUUGACCAGUGAUAAACGUAUUGCAAAGAUUUGGGAUAGAAAUACAGGGAAACCAUUUGCAUCCAUGGAACCAACAGUUGAUAUCAAUGAUGUAUGCCACGUCUCAAACUCAGGAAUGUUUUUUAUGGCCAAUGAAGGUAUGCCCAUGCACACGUAUUAUAUUCCUAAUUUGGGUCCUGCACCUUCUUGGUGUUCAUUCUUGGAUAAUGUGACUGAAGAAUUGGAAGAGAAACCCUCGGAUACCAUAUACUCCAACUACAGAUUCAUCACCAAGGACGAUGUACGUAAGUUGAAUUUGGGUCAUUUGAUUGGAUCAAAAGUUUUGCGUUCAUAUAUGCACGGUUUCUUUAUUGACACGGAGUUGUACGAAAAAGUCAAUCUUAUUGCCAACCCCAACUCAUUACGUGAUCAAAGAGAGCGUGAUAUCAGGAAAAAGAUUGAAAAGGAAAGAGAGUCCAGAAUUAGGUCUACUGGUGCCAUCACCAACACCAAGAUCAAAGUUAAUAAAGAUUUGGCAAGCAGAUUGCAAGAGAAAGUCGGUGGUGAUGCGGCAGAAAGUGUCAUUAAUGAUGAUAGAUUUAAGGAAAUGUUUGAGAAUCCAGAUUUCCAAGUUGAUGAGGAAUCUCAUGAAUAUAAACAAUUGAACCCAGUAAAAGCAGCAGAGAAAGAUAUCACGAGAUCAAGGGGAUUAACUGCGGCAGAGGAAUCGGAUGAGGAGAGAUACAAUGGCGACGGCUACGGCGACGGCAACGUCGACGGCGACGCUCGAAGCGAGGAAGAGAGUGAAGAGUCCGAGAGUGAGGAAAGUGAGGACGAGGAGGUAAAGAGGGCAAACAAGGCCAAACUCGAUAAAGAAUUGGCCAAGUUGAGAAAGAAGAAGGAGGAGGAAAAGAGAUUCAAGAAUGAAAUGAAGGUUCUUGCUAAAGAAGCACCAAAGGAGUCUACUAAAGCUAAGGAGACAUUUGCCUCUCAAGUAAAGAAUCUACACAAAGUAAGCAAGCCUAGAGAUGAUUCAAGACUUCAAAGACAUGCCAAAGGAGAAGCUGAACUUACAUUUGUACCUAGAGGCAAGGAGAAGAAGCAUAGACCAAAGAGAGAAGAUGAGAACGGCACUGACAAGGGUAGAACUAAGCAAAGGUUUGAAGGUCGUAGAAUUGCAUCUAGGAACCAAUUCAGAGGCAUGUAG